AUCCUACGGAUAUUCAUAGGCAAGUGCUUUGGCUCCUCUCCUAUCCCCUGUCUCUCUCUCUCUCGCUGUCUCUCUCUCUCACAGUCAACCAAGGAGGAGGACGACGACCCAAGCCCUCUCUCUCUCUGCGUCCUUCCCAGAAAAGCCUAGGAGCCGCAUUGCCCGAUCUCCAAUACAUAAAAAAUUGCAAUAAGUAUACCCAACGAAAUCAAAUUCCUAUAUUUCAACCCCAAAUUCCUGAACGAUCUCGCAGUAAUUGCAGAAAAUGUCAUCGGAGAUCGAGGUCGUUGACGAGGCCCAGUCCCAAGACCACGAAUCGGCUUCGCCUUCGGCCGGGGCCGUCAGGGCCGACGGCGUUGGGGAGGAGAUGCUGCGCAACGAUGUGUACACGGCGGCGGCCUACGGGGAUUUGGAGAAGCUUCAGAGAUUGGUGGAGUGCGAAGGUUGCUCGGUGUCCGAGCCCGACGGCCUCGGGUACUACGCGCUACAGUGGGCUGCGCUCAACAACCGCACUGCCGCUGCUCAGUAUAUCAUCGAGCAUGGAGGAGAUGUAAAUGCAACGGAUCAUACCGGGCAAACGGCAUUACAUUGGAGUGCGGUUAGGGGUGCAAUCCAAGUUGCAGAGCUUUUACUACAAGAGGGUGCACGGGUGAAUGCCACUGAUUUGAAUGGCUAUCAGGCAACACAUGUUGCAGCUCAAUAUGGUCAAACAGCUUUCCUCUAUCACAAUGCUUCAAAGUGGAAUGCCGACCCUGAUGUUCCAGAUAAUGAUGGAAGAAGUCCUUUACACUGGGCUGCUUAUAAAGGUUUUGCCGACUGUAUUCGCCUUCUUUUAUUCCUGGAUGCAUAUAGAGGUCGCCAGGAUAAAGAGGGUUGCACUCCUCUCCAUUGGGCCGCUAUCAGGGGUAACUUAGAGGCAUGCACAGUGUUAGUACAGGCUGGCAAGAAGGAAGACUUGAUGGUGACUGAUAACACUGGACUUACGCCAGCGCAGCUUGCUUCUGAUAAGAAUCACAGACAAGUUGCAUUUUUCCUUGGAAAUGCUAGAAGACUCCUUGACAAGCGUUGUGAUGGGAACAGCCGCCUUGGGAAAAUUUCAAAAUUAGGACUUGCGCCAGGACUUUGGUGUUUAAUAUUUGUUCUAGUGGUGACCUAUACUCAUUCUGUCAUCAUGGCAUCAAAUCUGCCAAAAUUGACUGCGGGCUCUGGUCUCUUUGCAUGGUUGGGUGUUUUCCUAGCAAGUGCGGGACUCGUUAUGCUUUAUAGGUGUAGCAGCAAGGAUCCUGGUUACAUCAGAAUGAAUGUGCAUGAUGCACAAAAUAUGAAAGAUGAUGAACCGUUGUUGAAGAUAGAGAUAAAUAACCCUGCUUUGCUAGCUGGGAAUUGGUCUCAGCUCUGUGCAACAUGCAAGAUUGUCAGGCCUCUCCGUGCAAAGCACUGUUCCACAUGUGAUCGUUGUGUUGAACAAUUUGACCAUCAUUGCCCUUGGGUAUCCAAUUGCAUUGGCAAGAGAAAUAAAUGGGACUUCUUUGCGUUCCUCGUUCUAGAAGUUUUGGCAAUGUUGAUAACUGGUGCAUUUACUCUUAAAAGACUUGUGAACGAUCCACUUGCUCCACCUUCUUUUGGAGCAUGGAUCAACCACGCUGGUACUCAUCAUGUUGGUGCUAUAUCAUUUCUGCUUGUGGAGUUUUUCCUCUUCUUUGGUGUGGCAGUUUUAACAGUAGUACAAGCUUCUCAGAUAUCUCGCAACAUUACAACAAAUGAAAUGGCAAAUGCAUUGCGCUAUAGCUACCUUCGGGGCCCUGGUGGUCGGUUCAGAAACCCCUAUGAUCAUGGGAUCAGGAAGAACUGUUCAGAUUUCCUGAUCAAUGGCUACAAUGAAGAUGUGGAGUAUACGCAAGAUUCAGCUGACUCUGAGGGGAUUGGAAUGGUGCAUAUGUCAAGGAAUUCCAACUUACAAAAUGGGGAUGCCCGUUCUCAUCAAACUAAUGGCAAUGGCAAUGGCCAUGUUGUCAUCAAUGUAAAUUCUAACACCAACUCCCAUCCCGGUCAUGUUCAUUCUUCUCAUUGCAGCCACAGUAACCAUGGAAAAACUAAAACUGAUGGCACCCCGUUGGGCUUGGGUCUUGGUCUUGGACGGAGCGGUACACGCACAGUUACAGCCUAAUGAUGAUGUCUCAUUUUCUUUUGUAGCUGAAUUUGUGUUUGUAUUAUAUGCAUCACAUGAUUCUAGAUUCUGUAAUUCAAUUUAUUUUUGCUCU